AUGGACGAGAAGAUAUGGAAGAACAAAAUCAACGAGGCCAACAAGAUGGCCCUGCUGGCCUGGGAGAAGGAGACGGGCAUCGAGCUGGUGCAGAUCAAUGGGCAGAGGCGCUACGGGGGCCCUCCCCCAGGCUGGGUGGGCGGCCCGCCGCCGGCCGGCACCGAGGUGUACAUCGCCAGGCUGCCGCAGGACAUCUACGAGGACACGCUGCUGCCGCUGUUCGGGAGCGUGGGGCGGCUCUACGAGUUCCGCCUGAUGAUGACGUUCAGCGGGAUGAACCGCGGCUUCGCCUACGCCCGCUACGCGUCCCGGCAGGACGCGCGCAGCGCCAUCGCCACCUUCCACCGCUUCCAGCUGCGCCGCGGCUGCGCCAUCGUCGUCUGCUGGAGCACGCAGAAGCGCGAGCUGCUCGUCAGCGGCCUGGGCGCCUCAGUGAGCCGGCGGGAGCUGGAGGCCACGCUGCAGAGGGUCACCGAGGGCAUCUGUAGUGUCACCGUGCACGCCAGCCCCUCGCAGAAACAGGCCAAGCUCGCAGUGCUGAAGUACAGGUCGCACCAGGCUGCUGCCCUGGCCAAGAAAACUCUGAUGGAAGGGACCCUGAGGCUCGGCAAAGCAAAGAUGAUGGUGGAAUGGCUGAAUCCCCAGCUGAAGCAGAAGCUGCAGCUCUGUGAGGAGGAGCCACCAUCCAGCUGGGUGCAGGGAGGUGAGAGCCCAGCAGUGCCCCCGCCUCUGUCGCUGCAGAAUGUGCUGCACUGCCUGAACACGCUGUGCUGGAAGCAUCACCUGAGGACACCCCUGAUCAGGACCAAGUGUGUCCAGGUGAACCCCAACGGGUGGCAGCACUUCUGGUACCAGGUGGCCAUCCCAGGGUCCCACGUGCCCGUCAGUGGCUUCAUGUGGAUCUCACCAGACAGGCAGGGCCAGAGUGAGCACGAGAAGGCCAAGGUGGUGGCAGCCCUGCACCUUCUGCGGGUGUUGGCUGAGUCCUUGGGACCCGUCACGGACCGUUCCCAGUCCCUGUGGCGCCAGCCAUGUGCCCCCACCCCCAAAGGCCUCCUCUGCUCCAGGACCCUCAGCCGCCCAUCCCCAGCCUGUCCCCCCAUCCUGGGGCACCUCCCGCGGGGCCCCCUGCCCCCAUAA